GUCACGAUCAUGUCCGGAGGAUCUUUGCAGGGAGAGGCAGCCAGAAGGUCUUUGUUGGACAGGGGAACCUGACUAAUAACUCUGCAUACUGAUUCGGAAGUCCCAUGCCCCAGCCGAGCGGAGAUGCCCUGAAUCGUCCGAUUUGCGGCAGCGAAUUCUAGGCUGCAAUCCUUUUCAGGCCACGAGUUUGGCCGAUCGCAAAGCCAAAGAAAUCGGCCCUUCCGGGAUGAGGCACGAUGCUGUUGGUAAUGGUAUGAGCUGCUCUUGUAUUUGACAUUUUUGUGGAGUGGUUGAGAAGAAAUAAGGAUGAGGAAGCGAACAGUUCCGCCGAGUGGGGGGCGUCGAGUCACGCAGCCGAGCAGAACGGCAGAAUCCGAAGCUCCGGAAGAUGACUCCAUUGCAGAAGUAUAUCGCGAUAUGCUCGCAGAGGCGCACUCGACGCCAUGGAGACAUGAUGCCAGGGCCACGAAGCGACGGAGAGUGGGAGAACGUACUGCGAUCUCGCACGACUCGUUAUCCCAACCACAGGAAACACCACAAGGUGCCGAAAAAACAGUGAACAAGAUUCCACAGACUGUUUACGAUAUAGAUGCAUCUGACGAGUCAGAGGUGGAUGAGUGGGAGGAUGUUGAGCUGCCCACUACCAUCCCCGUACAGGAGCCGGUUCUGCCAACUUCCGAGAGCAGAGAGGAUGAUGCUGGACUACAGAUCACUCUUACAAAACCCGAAGACGAGGGUAAAGAAAAGGCUUCCUCACGCCGGAAACCUGUAUCUGGAGCGGAAAAAAAAUGGCGCCUAGAUAUCCACAAAGUUCAUUUGCUGUGUCUUCUCAGCCAUGUUCAGCUGCGGAAUUCAUGGUGCAAUGAUGAUGAAGCGCAGAGGAAACUUAAGGGAAUGCUAUCCAAAAAUACCGUCCGGUGCCUUAAUCCGAAAGCGGAUAUGCCGCAGUUCAGUCGUUCAACUACCUUUGCAGAUGGUUUGAAACAAGCCAGUGAGAUCUUCCGUCGAAGAUUUAAAGUUACUGCUCCGGGAAUGAGGAGGUCUUUCUGGCUUGACAAUCUGGACAUAUCCUUUGACUCAAUUGUCAGUUUCAAUACAGAAGAAGUUUUGACUUCGAAAGAUGCUUUCCGAAAACAAGCCAUAAGCAUGGAAGGAUCUUGUGACCUCGGGGCGCAAUUGUUCUGCGCCAUGCUUCGUGCUGCGAAUGUGAAUGCCCGACUUGUCUGUUCUCUCCAACCGCUUCCUUUUAGUGGAGUAGCAAAAGGUGGACUGCCUGUGAAAAGUAUGAAAGAGAACAUUGUGUUAUCGGAUGAUAACAUGAGAGCUUCGAGCGAAGGAAGUAGUAAAGGUACUUUCAAGGCCCAAGAGACUCCACCACAUAGAAUGCGCAGAUUAGGACAACCACGAUUCUCGCCUGGGCCAUCGAAGAGCCCAAGGGCGAAGUCUAUACCAGAGACCUCUUCACCUAGUAUCCCCGAGUCAUCAUAUCCUAUUUUCUGGGUUGAAGCCUUUAAUGAAGCAAUGCAAAAAUGGGUAGCUGUAGAUCCCAUGGUGAGAAACACAAUUGGAAAACCUUCACGGUUUGAGCCUCCGGCUAGCGAUCGACAUAACACCAUGAGCUACGUUAUUGCUUUUGAAGAAGAUGGAUCCGCUCGCGACGUUACGAAGCGCUACACAAAAUCAUUCAAUUCAAAAACGAGGAAAUCUCGAGUGGAAUAUACUAAGGGCGGCGAAAGGUGGUGGCAUUCCGUGAUGGAUUUUUAUGAAAAGCCUUUUCCGGAAGACCGUGAUCAGUUAGAAAUCGGGGAACUUACCGCGAAAGCAGCCGCUGAGGGCAUGCCUCGUAAUGUUCAAGAUUUCAAAAACCACCCAAUCUACGCUCUGGAGAGAGAUCUCCGUCGGAAUGAAGUUAUUUACCCUCGAAGAGAAAUUGGCAAGGUUGGACUGAGCAGGUCAUCUACGAAUAGCAGAAAUCAAGCCCUAGAAGCCGUAUAUCGACGAUCGGAUGUCCAUGUUGUUAAAAGUGCCGAGGGAUGGUACCGCCAAGGACGAUGUAUUAAGACUGGUGAACAGCCACUGAAGAGGGUUCCGAUUCCAAAAAAUAAAUUAAAAGCCGAUGCGGAUGGCGAUGUGGAAAAUUCUGGCCCUGAGAAUUCUUCGGACACGCCAAUGUAUGCCAUUUUUCAAACAGAAAUAUACAAGCCUCCUCCCGUGGUGGACGACCGUGUACCUAAAAAUGCGUACGGCAACAUUGACGUUUACGUGCCAAGUAUGGUCCCCGAAGGAGCUUUUCAUUUAAAGCACUAUGACGGUGCUCGGGCUGCGAAGAUAUUAGGAAUUGAUUACGCGGAUGCCGUUAUAGGGUUCCAGUUCAGAGAAAGGCAUGGUACGGCGGUGACGCAUGGGAUUGUUGCAUCAGCAGAGCACCGCGAGGCGCUCCUAGCAGUGAUUAGCGGCUUAGAAGACGAACGAGGGCAAGCUGAGCAAGACCGCCGGACAAUGGCAGCUUUGUCCAUGUGGAGACAAUUACUGAUUAAGCUAAGGAUUGCCGAACGUGUGCAAGGAUAUACGUUUGAAGGAGAAGAAGAAAAGAAAGACGAGGCGCAAGAAUUAUCUGAAUCCGACUAUGAGGCGAAUGGUGGUGGCUUUCUUCCAGAAGGCGAUGAAGAUGGAGAGCUACCGACUGCCCGUGGAGUGGGAUAUGAUGACUGGCUCAAUGAGCCUCCCGCUGGUGGACUUGUCGUGCCAGAGGUUUCGUCGGUGGAAAGGCCCCUCGAAUCGACAAGUGUAGCGUCUUCGUCACGAUAUACGCUUGUUGUGGUUCCCAGAGAAAGCCCGUCGAAUGACAGACGUCAAGCCGCGUUUGCAUCUGCACCACAUGGCGACACAGCACCACCAUUGGCCGCGCAGCAGCCUCAAGAACAGGGUGAACCUCCUCCCCACCCGGCCAGUCCUGCGAAUGGCUCACAUUUGUGCCCUUCUAAAUACACUCCCACUCACGACCGCGCUGGGAGCGUGGAGGAAAUGUCCGGGUUGCCGGACUUAGUUCAUAAUGACUCCGACAGUGAGAUUGACGAUCAAAACUCCAUGAUAUCGCAUGAUCCGGAAGACGAAGAUGCGGAGCCGGAAUGGCUACUCUCUGAUUAA